AUGAGCACCCAGGGGCCCAGCCUCACCAGCACCCAGGGGCCCAGCCUCACCAGCACCCAGGGGCCCAGCCUCACCAGCACCCAGGGGCCCAACCUCACCAGCACCCAGGGGCCCAACCUCACCAGCACCCUGGGGCCCAGCUUCACCAGCGCGCCGGCCACUCUGGAGGCCUCUAUGGAGGGGACCAACCUGCUCCCCAUGUUCAUCGUCUUGGCCUGCAUUUUCCUCCUGCUGGCCACCUGUCUGCUAUUCAUGACCCUGUGCAAGCCUGCUGCGCUGGACACGAAGCUGCGAGCGUCGGUCGAGUGCAUGCCCCACCACCCCGAGAGUCCCAGCGAGCCCCAGCUGCGCCUCUGGAAGCGCCUGAGCUCCCUGCGCCACUCCCUGCACAGCUUCCGCCCUGGACGGCCGGCUGGCCCGAGGCGCCCCCUGCCGGGCUUGCGAGGCAAAACCAACUCUGACUUCGUGGAAUCUACCAAGAUGUGA